CUCUCUCACUAUUUUCUCCCGCUUUUGACCACCUUUCCUCUGCGUUUCGCUUUUUUGGUGCUCGGAAGCCCUUGGGCCUUCCGAGUUUUUGAUGCUUGAGUCGCCGGGUUCUCCGGCUGCUCAAACAUGAUGGAGCCGGUUUCGUACUCCCUGCUCCGAUAACCCCUUUGUGGUCUGUCGGCUUUUGGGACCCCUUCUGGUGGUCCUUUUCUUGUUUUUCUGUUUUUCUAAUUUUGUUUUGUUUGUUUGAUCUCAGAUCCCGUGGCCAACCAGUCCACCACGUAGAUCUUAGGAGGUGGUCGCUGGUUUACCCAAAUCUGGUGUGGCCAUCAAGCCUCUCAUGGCAAUUAUGGGGGAUGGUCACCGUCUGUCUGUAUCUACCGCCUGGCGUCGUGGAAACCAAGCGCAACUUCUACAAGUGUAGAUUGAAGGGUGUCCAGUUAUCGGGAUCAUUCGACCAAAGGAAUCUGUACAAACUUAUUCGUUCGAGGUUAUUCGUAUGUUCUGUUCACCACUCUUCAUUAUCACUGUUGAAUUGGAUCUACUCUGAAUUUUCUCUCCAACUGUACUUUAUAUGUUUGUUGUUUACUCUUAUCUGUAGAUGCCGUAUGGCGGUGCUAUAAUGAAAAGAUUUCGCUGAAUUCCAAAAAAAAAAAAAAAUGAUGCGAAAUCACCAAAUCUUGAAGCUCAUUUCCACUUUCCGACCCCAUUGAUCAGCGAGCAACAAUGCAAGGCGUUACAUUUCCUCCAACCCUCUAUGGACCAUUCCAGAAUCAUCGCCUUCGGCUAACUCACCCUCUACCGCCGACUCAUCCCUCUUUUGGACUUGGGUCAAUAGCCAGAAGCCGGAGAGUACCGACCCAGAUGAAGAUUUCGUCAUCCCUUCACUUGCUAGUUGGAUUGAGAGCCAGACCAGCAAGGUUAUGCACUUCCCAAAUGGCGAACGUGAUUCUGAUGUGGAUUAAGUUUGUGAAACCUCAAGAAAGAGUACUCAUCCUU